CAUACGGCAUCACCUGUUAGACGUUUAAACUUUCGCGCCACAUUACGCGGUUAUUGUGAUUGGUCAAGAUGUUAUACGCCAUAUUGGCCUAGGAAGGACGUGUCUUUUGAUUAGUCGAACCAAUAGCCAACCAUAAUGCAUAUUGCGCGAGUGCAAUUGAGGUAAACAUCAGUGUUGGAAAAAAUGUGCAAAAAUGGACGGUGUCUUCAAGAACUGUACUUUACACGAGGCACUGGCGAUCUUAGAAGAAGACUCUGAUUAUGAAGUCAACCAAAUAUUUGUGGAGCCUCCUGAACCCAAUAUUCAUUCUGACGAGGACUCGGGCGAUGAAGACGAUGGGGCUUUGCUCAAUAACCUAAGCGGUCGCCAGCUUAACGCCAGGUGUAAGGUUGUCUUGUCAUCGGCAUCAGUGAGUAAUUUACGAAGAUCUCGACGACUACUAUCAAAACGUAGUAUGUCGCCUCCACUGGACUUCACGCCUACAGCACAUUCAUCGUCAAAUGUUGCAUCUGGCCGCAAACGGGGUGCUGUUGUGUCUUGGGCAUGUUCACGUGGACGAGGACGUGGCGUGACAAUUCGUAAUGCCUGGAGUUUAUCUAGAAAAUCAGGAAAUCCUAUUAACCAACUUGACUUUGGGCGUCACAUUGUUCAAACAUAUUUGUUGCGAUUCCGUAACUUGCCCCGAGGUCCUGGUCGCCCUCUCACUUCGCGACAAUCUAAGACUGGUCGCCAAGUUUCCGAUGAGCUGCGAUACGAUGCUAUUGCUCAUUAUUUAAUACCAUGUCCUGAGGGUGUGCGUCGUAGAUGUGGCUACGAAUACUGUAAAAGCCAAUCGAGAUUGCAAUGCUCCAAGUGCAACGUUGGACUGUGUGCUAAAUUUAACUACAGAUUUCAUACGCAAUAAUUGUUUUGUAAAAUUUAUAUGCCUGAUUUGUAUUUUCUCAUAAUAAAUGCUAAAAAUAAAAAGUAUAAUUUUUAUUUCAAAAGACACGGUAGACGGCUAGUGAUGCCGUACGGCAUCAGUAAAUAUUUUUUUUUCUACUAGUUCGAUUUUAAUUUUGAUUUCAGA